ACUUAAUAUCGUGUCCAGUUUAUUGCUGUGUUGGGUGUUCUUCUAUAACAGUGUUUUGGCUUUCGGAGGUUCAGACAGCAAUGCCUCUGGUCGUUCCUAGUGUGCUUAGAUCUAUGUAGGGGAUAAACCCUUAUUCUUUGCAGUUGAGCUGCAAUGGACGCGUCCCAAAUAGAGAAGGAGGCACUUGAGAAGGCAAAGAAGGAACGCUUGCAAAAGCGGGCCAAUACAAUUGCCAGCCUUUUGCGUAAAUUUAUGGUUGAAUGGAAUUCUGCCUAUAUGAAGGAACUUGAGGCAGCACGAGCAGCUGCUGCCGCGAAAGCGGCCAUGAGGGGGAAAAGACGACGGAAGGUCAAGGUUGCAAAGCCAGAACCCAACACAAAGGACGCAAAGAAAAAGUCGAGGAAACCAAAGACAAGGAUGGCUGAGGUAUGGUUCCUGCUAUUCAGCUCCAUCGAUGAGCUGAUCAACAAACAGAAGCGCAUAGUUCUAGAGGACCUGUACCGGGGCACGGAGCUGCUUUCCCCUCCGGAGCUCGUGCAGCUGCGUAACAUUCUACACACCGCAAACAAAAAGGUCCUCCCUGCGGAUAUGAACGUCAACCAGAUCAACAUCAAGCAGACGCUGUGGGCGGCUGCCGCGGCUCAUGAGUAUUCGGCGGUGGACCGCACGCUGCUGUAUCCGGUGCCUGCGCUGGCGGUGAUGCGGGCAAAGGGGUUAGGCGCUAAGCAGCUGCAGGAGCUGGGGUACCACGAACGUGAGCUCCUGCGGCAGGGCUUUAAGGCCAGUGAUGUGAGCGAGGUGGCGCCCCAUGAGCCCGCUCGCCUGCGAGCAGCCGGCCUCAGCGUUAGUGACCUGGUGGCGGGCUUCGGUGGCCUGAUGCGCCUGCCGCCUGACCUGCAGGGCUUCCGGGGUGUCCAGAAGCUGAAGGCGGCUGGUUACUCAGCAGCUGACAUGGUGGCGGGUGGUCUGGACAACGCUUGGGACCUGGCGAGAGCAGGCUUUACUGCUGCGGAGGUUUACUCGGCAGGUGUACCCGCAGAGGCUCUGCGGCCUGCCGGCUUCGGGUUACCAGAGCUGCGGCCGCCGGGCUUCCUUGGGCCUUCGGUUUCGGUGCUUCAGGAAACGGAUCCGCGAAUACUGCCCCCUGCACUCGAGGGCACGGGGGGGGGCAUCUGGCCGCGGCUGCUGCAGCCGCAGGCUGCGCCGUCCAAAGAUCACACUAAAGGCGCCAACGCCUUCAGGUUCGGCUACCGCAGCCGGCCUGGCACCGCCGCCCCGACGGUGGCAUGGCCCGAUGCCCCGCCUAUGGGAAUCAGCAGCGGCAGUGUUGUGUCGGUCACUGCAGGCGCGCCGCCAUUGGCGUCGACCAUAUCCCGCGUCGGCUCUAUGGGAGCGAGCACUCUAAGCGUUGGGAGCUAA